GCUGGCCCACCAGCCAUUGCGCGUGAUGCAAUUGAAGUGCCAACAGCGCCGAGUCGAGUCAGCAUUAGCAUCAGCAGCAGUAGCAGCAGCAGCAGCAGCAUCAUCAGCAGCAGCAGCAGCAUUAGCGUGGACAUACUAAAUACUUUUUUUUUUUAAACAACUCUGUGUGCUCCUAGUGAACUUGGUAGUGUGCAACAUUGCAACAUUUGGUGGCAUUCGGAUUUGAGUACUAGACACCUCCUUGUGCCCCACAGCGCUCAACAAAGUGUCGAAAGUGUGAAAGUGCAAGCAUUUUUUUCUGUUCAUCAAUACUAAAAAAAAAAAAAAAACAACAAGCAAAUAAAAAAAAAACACGCGAAAGGAUUUUCGUAGCCAACGCAUACAAACCGAAGAAGGUCAACGAAAACAUAAAGCCUUCUCAAGAAACACCAUCAACAAGAGAACAAACAGAACUCUUAAUUCAAUUUAUUGUGCAAUAUAAACAUAACGAAGUUUUCAUCGGCAUCACAUUUCGAGCUGCAACUUCUGAAGAUUCUACAACGAAAGCAAAUUUCUGUGCAAAAAAAAAGAUGCAAACCGCAGCAAGCAACAGCAGCAGCAGCAGCAGCCGGAGUCGAGGCAGCAAAACACACAGAACGAUCUCUAACGGGAUGCUGCUCCUCGCGCUGGGACUGGCCAUGCUGAUGGGUCUGCCCGGCCAGGCCGCGGCCCGCAUGGCCUUCGAGAAGCUGACAGACUACGAUUUCGCCGGCACCACGUACUACAGCGUCAAGAAUCUGUCGCUGUACGAGUGCCAGGGCUGGUGCCGCGAGGAGGCCGACUGCCAGGCGGCCGCCUUUAGCUUUGUCGUGAAUCCAUUGUCGCCGUCGCAGGAGACGCACUGCCAGCUGCAGAACGACUCGUCGGCAGCCAAUCCAUCCGCAGCACCCCAGCGGUCCGCCAACAUGUACUACAUGGUGAAGCUGCAGCUGCGCAGCGAGAACGUUUGCCAUCGCCCGUGGUCGUUCGAGCGCGUGCCCAACAAGAUCAUCCGCGGCCUGGACAACGCCCUCAUCUAUACCAGCACCAAGGAGGCCUGUCUGUCCGCCUGCUUGAACGAGAAGCGUUUCAUUUGCCGCUCCGUCGAAUACGACUACAAUAACAUGAAGUGCGUGCUCAGCGACUCAGAUCGCCGCAGCUCGGGUCAGUUCGUCCAGCUGGUGGAUGCCCAGGGCACGGACUACUUUGAGAAUCUGUGCCUGAAGCCCGCCCAGGCCUGCAAGAACACGCGCUCCUUUGCCAAUGCACGCAUGGGCGUCUCCGAGGAGAAGGUGGCCCAAUAUGUCGGUCUGCACUACUACACGGACAAGGAGCUGCAGGUGACCUCAGAGUCGGCCUGCCGCCUGGCCUGCGAAAUCGAGUCGGAAUUCCUGUGCCGCUCCUUCCUCUACCUGGGCCAGCCCCAAGGCGCUCAGUACAACUGCCGGCUGUAUCACUUGGACCACAAGACCCUGCCCGACGGUCCAUCCACCUAUCUGAACCACGAGCGCCCCCUGAUCGAUCACGGCGAGCCCAUUGGCCAGUACUUUGAGAACCAGUGCGAGAAGUCGGCAGCAAGCCCUGGCGCUGGCUCUGGCAGCACUCCACCCGGCACGCUGGACAAGAUCGAUACCCUGCCCGUCAGCCUGGACACCAUCGAGGACCCCAACCUGACCAACAUGACGCGCAACGAUGUCAACUGCGACAAGACCGGCACCUGCUAUGAUGUUUCCGUGCACUGCAAGGACACCCGCAUCGCCGUACAGGUGCGCACCAACAAGCCAUUCAACGGACGCAUCUACGCUCUGGGCCGUUCGGAGACGUGCAACAUCGAUGUGAUCAACUCAGAUGCCUUCCGCCUCGAUCUAACCAUGAUCGGACAGGACUGCAACACACAGAGCGUGACCGGCGUCUACUCGAACACGGUGGUGCUGCAGCACCACAGCGUCGUGAUGACCAAGGCGGAUAAGAUCUACAAGGUGAAGUGCACAUACGACAUGAGCUCUAAGAACAUUACCUUCGGCAUGAUGCCCAUCCGCGAUCCUGACAUGAUUCACAUCAACUCGUCGCCCGAGGCGCCACCACCAAGGAUUCGCAUCCUGGACACACGCCAGCGCGAGGUGGAAACUGUGCGCAUUGGAGAUCGUCUCAACUUCCGCAUCGAAAUACCAGAAGACACUCCCUAUGGCAUCUUCGCACGCAGCUGUGUUGCCAUGGCCAAGGAUGCACGCACCAGCUUCAAGAUCAUCGACGACGAUGGCUGCCCCACAGAUCCCACCAUCUUCCCCGGCUUCACCGCCGAUGGCAAUGCGCUGCAGUCGACCUAUGAGGCAUUCCGCUUUACCGAGAGCUACGGCGUCAUCUUCCAAUGCAACGUCAAGUACUGUCUGGGCCCCUGCGAGCCGGCCGUGUGCGAAUGGAACAUGGAAUCGUUUGAGUCUCUAGGAAGAAGGCGUCGUCGUUCGAUCGAGAGCAACAACACCAAGAGCGAGGACCAUAUGAACAUUUCGCAGGAGAUUUUGGUCUUGGACUUUGGCGAUGAGAAGCGUGAAUUCUUCAAGGCAGAUCCAAGCACGGACUUUGCCAAAGACAAGACCGUUACCAUCAUCGAGCCAUGCCCCACGAAGACGUCUGUGCUGGCGCUGGCCGUUACCUGCGCGCUCAUGAUCCUGCUCUACAUCUCCACAUUGUUCUGCUACUACAUGAAGAAGUGGAUGCAGCCGCACAAAAUCGUAGCAUAAGUUAAGGCGCAACACAACACUGCAAGCAAUGUGAAGUAAAGAGAGGAAAAAAAGAAAACAAAAACCAUACAGAACACACAAAUUGUCACCAUUCCAUACAGAGAUAUAUACACAAACAUACACACACACACAUUCAAGCCUACUCUCUCACACGCUAUGUCUAUUUCUCUCGCCUAUGGCACGCUUGUCAGCGCUCAGCGCUCUCUCACGAGAGAGAAACCGGCAAUGAGAGCAACAGUGCAGUUAAUUAGGAAACGGAGCCUUAGCUUCGGUUUGCAAUGGGAAACGAAAUUCUGAGAAAUUGAGAACAAGGAAGAUAAAGAAAGUCUCCACACUCUCUCUCACUCUCACACACACACACACACAUAAACAUAGAGCAGCUGCCUGACAAGCGUAUAUUUUUUUUUUUUUUUUUUUUUUUUGUGAGCAUUAAUAACUAUAUAUACAAUUUAUUUAUUUAUAUUUAUUUAGAUUUAGAACGUGAGUUAUUUUGCAGCAAACUGGCAUGGCGAAUGCGCCAGCCUUAGCCUAUUUUUUAUAUAAACUUAUUUUCUAACGUUUAGUAGACAAAGCAGAAAGCGAAUUGCACAUUUACAUUUAAAUGCGAAUAUUAAUUUAACAAAUUUUUCAAAUGAAAAAAGAAAUGAACGCGAAGGAGGAACGAAUCGCAUAUGAAAAGAACUGCGAGCGCGUACUUUCUAUAAAGUUGCGAAAGAGACGCUGAAUCGUAAGGCCAAGUAGCAGCACGAGCGCGUGACAGAGACAGAGACAGAGACAGAGGUAUGGAGUGAGCUUUAAGCUCUAACGAUCGUUCGCUUUUGUAACUUGUAUAGAGACUGCGGCCGCAGAUGCACAUACUCACACACACACACAUAUACACAUACACAGACAUACGCCCACUCAUGCAAGUCCUACUAAUUUCCCAUACACACACAAAUACAAACGCACACACACGCACAUACUCACAUUUAUUUAAUUUAACAAUAUAAAAUAAAAAACAAAAAAAAAUAUAUAAAAAAAAGAGAAGAAGGUUUAAGAAGCAAUUAAAGGCAAUAAAAAAGCAAUCAACAAAAUGAAGAGAAACAAGAAAAACAACGAGCGAUCAGAAAUCAAGCAAAAAAUAACUAAUUUCAUAGUUUGUACAAUGAAAUUGUGCUUAAUUGUAUUGCAUUUAUUUAAUUUAAAUCUAUUUAUGAUAAUAAAGAAUGAUAAUACAAACGAAAAUGCCUCAUCUCUG